UUUUCCCCCAAAAUGAUUGUGCUUCAAUGUUUUUGAACUUUCAUUAGCUGUUGCUCUGUUCUUUUCUUCUUAUUCUUCUUUUGGUCAUGAUUAAUGACGACUGAUUUUGUUUAACAUUUUCAUAACUACGCGAAAAAAAGGUUGCAUUUCUUUUGAGAUUGAAACAUUACUUCUUUGGUUUUCUGUUUGGUUGCUAAGAAAACAGAGGAAAAAUUGAAUCUUUUUACUGAUUUAGUGUUUGUUUUUUGUUUUAUUUUCGACCCUUCAAAAGUAGAGUCUUUUGUCUUCACUGGGCCACACAAAAGUGAACAGUAACCGUAGAGGUUGCUAUUUUUCAAAUUCUCCUCCUCUCUUUCUUUAUGCUUAUACAGAGGUGUGAUUGAGUUUUGUUAAAUCUGGGUUGUUUAUGAAGUCGCUUUACUGAAUUUCCAUAAUCUGUAACGCUCAAGUGUUUAUGGCUUGAACUUCUUACCAGAACCAAACUUGAAAGCAGUUUCAGAUUCUGUUGGAAAUUAAAUUAUUUUCUAUUUUUUUUUAUUAUUUAAGUAUUUGUUUCAAUGACCAUGAUGACAAUGCUUGUAAUUCUGUGAGUAUGGAUUUGGAUUCUACCCUGUUGCUUGAAUUUUCUGUUUAUGAGGGAAUUCAACUCAAAAAAAAAUUACAUACUUUUGGCUGAAUCGGAGUUACCACACAGAUUUGAAUUGAUAACAGUUAUGAAGUAUGAUUUGUCUUUUGAAUUGGGAAUUCAUUCAUGUGGAUGGUUAAGCUUUUUUUUUUUUUUUCUGUCGUAUGCGUCUGUCUGUUGCUGUCUUGUUGAAUGCUUGCUGCGUUAACAGUCAGUUCUCUUGCAGUAUCUUGAUAUAAUUUAGCAAUAAUAUAUAUUUAUUUUCUAAAUUUUCCUUUCCAGAACAAAGUCAUUAAUUUCCAGCGCUUUCUAUAAGAUAUUCACAGAUUGCAGCUUGUUUCUUAUGCUGCUUUUUUUCCCACUGCUGCUGUUUUCUCUGUGGUCAUUCUACAACACAAUCUUAAUGCUGCCAAUAACAUUUUAUUAUAAUUUCUCAUGCUUACCUGUCCCACUUCCUUCUCAGGCUUCUGCACAAUCAGAUCCUAAGAGCAGAUCAUAUCUUUGGACUCUCUUUUUUGUGGCUUCUUUGAUAUGCAGUGCUUACUUCAUUGGUACUUCAUCAUUUGGAAGUGAAUAUAAAGAAGGACUAACUAGGUGGCAAGUCAUUGAGACAAUGCAGAGUACAACAUCCAAUAAAUGCAAGGACCGUUGCAGGACUUUUGGAAGCGAGGCAUUGCCCCAAGGAAUUGUUAGAAAAACAUCAGACUUUGAAAUUCGGCCUUUAUGGAACAAUACUGUGAAAGAUAACCAGCCAAAGCCUUCCAUGAGCUUAUUAACACUUGCAGUUGGAAUUCAGCAAAAAGAAGUAGUGGACCAUAUUGUUAAGAAGUUUCCUUUGAGUGAUUUUGUUGUGAUGCUUUUUCAUUAUGAUGGUGUUGUUGAUAAAUGGAGGGAUUUGCCAUGGAGUGAUCAUGUCGUCCAUGUGUCGGCGGUAAAUCAAACAAAAUGGUGGUUUGCAAAACGAUUUCUGCAUCCAGACAUAGUUGCUGAGUAUGACUACAUAUUUCUUUGGGAUGAAGACCUUGGAGUUGAAAAUUUUAAUCCAAGGAGAUAUCUGUCAAUUGUUAAGGAUGAGGGACUAGAAAUAUCACAGCCAGCUCUUGAUCCUGCCAAAUCAGCUGUGUAUCAUCCAAUUACUGCACAUCAACCAAAAUCAAGGGUGCACAGAAGGAUGUAUAAAUUCAAAGGCAGCGGAAGGUGUUACCACAACAGCACUUCUCCUCCUUGUGUAGGUUGGGUGGAAAUGAUGGCACCUGUCUUCUCAAGGGCUGCUUGGCGAUGCGUAUGGUACAUGAUCCAGAAUGACUUGAUCCACGCCUGGGGCCUGGAUUACCAGCUUGGCUAUUGUGCACAGGGUGAUCGCACAAAAAAUGUUGGUGUUGUGGAUUCUGAAUACAUUGUUCAUCUGGGUCUUCCAACUCUUGGUGUCUUCAAUGGAACUGAGGAUUCAUCAAAGUCCCAUAUAGUUGAUAACAGAGUACAGGUGAGAAUACAGUCCUCCAUUGAAAUGCAGAUCUUCCGUGACAGAUGGAAAAAUGCAGUAAAGGACGACGAGUGUUGGGUAGAUCCAUUUCAACACUCAGUAAAUCAUACUAGUAAUUCAACUGAGCAUCAAAUGAAGAUUGAUGGCCAUAUUCAUACAUGACAAACAACAAAUUCUUGUACAAAUCCUCCUAUACAAGUUUUUUGCAGGGAAACUCUUGAAACAGCUGAGGUCAAGUAUAUAAAUUCUCCAAGGAGAUUGAGAUUCUGAAUCUGUGAUUUCCUGGCUGCUGCUCCAUAGCCAAUGGUGAUUUCAAUAUGUAUGGAUGAUCUCAGAGAGAUGUUGAACAGCCAUUGGAAGAUUUCUUUUUGUAAUUUUAUUCUUCAUUUUGAUCUUC